AUGGCACGCCCUAAAAAAGAAGGAUCAAAAGGCAAAGAAAUGAGAUUAAAACUGCCUGCAAGAGUUGAGGAUUUAAGAACAAAUAAUAAGGCUAUCUUUCCACCGAAGACCAGUACACUGAUGGAAUACAUCAAAAACAAGCUCUAUUUUGUUGUGGCACUGUUUAAAAACCUUUACUUCAUUAUAGUGGGGGAUAAAGCGUGUGAUCCAAAUAACAUCAAGUGUCUAAAACUAAUCAUAAAAGAGGCUGUGAAGAUAAGAAUGGAACAGAGGUCUGCAAACACAGAUGGUGCUGUAGACACGGAUGUUGUUAUAGACACGGGUGGUGCUAUAAACACAGAUGUUGCUUUGCAGGAAAAUAAAGACGAAAAAAAGAAUGCUGAUUCUACUGAUGCUCCUCAAAAAAUAGAUGAAAACACUGGCAAUCAUCAAUAUAGCACUAGCACAAUGAGGUCGGAUAAGUUUAGAGAUUGUGUAUUGAUCUCUAAACAUUUGCAAAUAAGACACACUGAAGAUCAGACAAAAAGCCUAAUUAAAAGAUCACAGGGACCAAAAUUCAACCCGGCAAAAAGAGAACAGAUGGAAGAAGCGAAUUUGCAAGUGCCGCUGGAUAUAAAUGUGCUGCAGAUCGUUUUUACCCUUAUUUUCAUUUUUAUAACUCUAAGCGCGAUAAUCUGGUGGAUGGUGUUCCUGGUAAAAAUAAUCUUUAUUAACCCGCCCCCCAAGCUGGAAAAGCUAAUAGUCUCUGAGCUGACCAAAGAGCAGAAGGAAGUGUUGAACAGAUACAACAAUCUGUACAGUCCAGACAAUACAGGCAAUCCCAGCAAUAAAAGUGCGCAAAAGUACUACGAGCAGUACUUGCACGAUAAUAUAAACUAG